AUGGAAGGUGAUGAUUCAGAGUCCGAUCCGCCGUCGGCCUUCGAUCAUCUGCUGCAGGUGCUCGGAAAAAGGUCGCGGUCUGAUAAGCGACGCAAAAUAGACAGUUCGGAUAACGAGAUAGAUGACUUGUCCAACAUUCUAUCGGCUUCUUUCGAUGCCGACGCAGAAUCCGAUCCUGAGGUGGUGUCUGAAGAGACCCGCGACGGCAUCGCUGUCGACGCAUUUAAUUCCUUCAAUAUGGGAUAUGACGAAUACCUUACGGCUACAGCACCAAUCUCUGCAACGUCAUCCAUACCGAUACCUUUCUUCAAAAGCUGCCAAUUUAAGUGUUUGACGCCUAUUCUACAGGAGGUACUGAAAUCCAAAGUGCUACCAAGAGUGGUGUCGGGUGUGAAUUCUUUCGGAUUUCACGAAGCGGUGCAGAAGAAGCUUUCGAAGUUGUAUAAAAGGGCGCAUUCAGGUGGAUGGAUGCCAAAGGACCGCGGUCGUCUGCGCUACUUCUUCAAUUGCAUGAACAGUUAUGUCGAUGUGUUUUAUGCGGGAUGCAAAGUCACUGACGUCUCAUCUGCGCGAUUCCUCAUGGCACUACAUGCGGCUAACCACAUAUGCAAAAGCGUGACUUCGCCAGUGGAGCAGUCUCACGGUUUCACUAGGCCGCGUGUGUUGUAUAUCUGUGGUCUGAAGUGCAUGGCACGCGAUUUCAUCCAACACCUUGUGACCCUGCUAUCCGUCAAAAAGGGGGAUCCCAAGGUAGAGAAGUUCUACGAAGAGUAUGACCUUCCUGAAGAGGACACUGCAGCGCAGAUGUCAAGCUUCAGCAAAACGCAGAAAUCACUGGACUAUAUCGAAACAUUUUCCGGUAAUCAGGAUGACGCCUUUAAGAUGGGUUUGCGGUACCAAGGUGGGAUGUUGCACCUAUAUACGCCAUUUUACACGAGUGACAUUAUAGUCACCUCGCCUCUGGGUAUCAAGAUAAUGAUGCAGGAGGAAGAUGAAUACGACUUUUUGUCCAGUAUUGAGGUGUUGCUAAUUGAUCGCAUGGACGUUCUGAAGUUUCAGAACUGGCAUUUUUUCAUCGAGGUCUUUGAGAAAUUGAAUCGGCCGCUAAAGAAAUGGCGUGAUGCUGACCUCAGCCGCCUACGCGUAUCGACAAUGGACGGCCAGAGCGAAGUUUACCGUCAGACAGUGGGCGUAUCUUGUACCCAGCAUUUUGUGUUCAACGCUUUUUUCAAGCGCCUAGUUAACCGUCGAGGGUCAAUAAAGCUAUCAUACGUGCCACCACAAGACUUCGUGCUUCUAGGAUCCCAGCUGAGGGUGAAGCAGCUAUUCAUCAAAGUGGCGGCGACAAGCGUGAGUGGCGCAGACGCAGCGCUAUUAAACUAUUUCCUGAAGAACAUGCUAAACAGCAUACAGGGAAUCGGUGGAGUGUUGGUAGUCCUAGGUGACUACACGCACUUUUUGAGGGUAAAAAAGGAGCUGAAAAUAGCCAACUUCGAAUACCUCCCCUGUCAUGAAUCAAAUUCAAGCAAACAAAUGCUAUUUGCUCGUCAACAGUUCCAAGCCGGGAAAACGCCCGUAGUUUUGACGACGUCACGUUUGCUCUUCUUUAAGCGGUACGUGAUAAAGGGAACUUGCCGCGUGCUUUUUGUCGUCCCACCGGACUACCCAGAGCUGUACCGUGAGGCUUUCAAAAUGCUGGAUUUAUCGAAGAAAAACGCUGUCGUGACCUUGUACACGCGCUUUCAUGCUCACCAGUUGGAGCCCAUUGUCGGCGUCGCUAAGGUUCACAAGCUAGUGUCCGCUGCAGACACAAAGGUGACAGAGUUUCAUUAA